AAUGCAUCCCUAUGUUACACAUGGAUUGCCACUGCCUCAGCACCCUCCCAAAACAUUACCAGCUUGGAGGCAUCUCAGUGGCUGCUUUUAAAACUCGCAUUAUUAACCACUUGUAAAAAAAAAAAAAAAAAAACACUUCCAGGAAUAUUUCCAGGAAAAUGUUGCAACCCCACAAGUCAAGCAGCAAAAGUUAACAAUCAUCAACUUUAUGCAAUGAUUCCCUUUUUUUUUUAUUUUUACAGAAUUUGCAUUAUUUUCUUAUAAGAUCUGACUGAUCCAACACUUCCACACCCCGUUGGCCCUCACCCCUGAACCAUGCCUAGUCUGUUUGCAAACACGGUAGUUUAAAUACAGGACGCCUGGCGAGGCCACACCCAAUGAGUGUAGGAGGCGAGAAUUUGCCCAUUAUUUAAGGGCAGGGUAUCACAUGCCAACACUAAAGAUGGCGCUGCAACUUUUCCAUCGCCUUCUCCGCAAAGCCAACUGUGGCUAGUUGUUCCCACAAACAAAAUGGCGAGGGGAGCAUCCCGUUCUCUCUGAACGUCACCUGCGCUAUGACCUUUACCCUUCUGGCAAGGGGCAGGCCAAUAGUAAGCAGCACGCCGCCAUAUUGACUGUUGUCCUGUCUAAGGGGUACAGAUCUGGGCUGUAGCCUUUAGCAUUGUAGGUGGCCUCAAAACGGGCAGCUUGUGCUGAGAGAACUCUACGGACUGGCUGAGCGAUGACCAGGAGGAGAAACAAGCAGGGGACCGGCCGUAGGGAGCGUGCAGCGGGGCAGCAUCGGCCGGGGAAAAGCUCCCCUGCUUGUGAGGGACCAGAGGCAGAUGCGAGAGAGAGGCUGGAGGAGAUGGGGAAAGCCGGACAGGUUUUGCCCUCUUCAAGCCAGUUUGUGCAGACAUGCUGCCUUUUGUGUCACCGGGAAAGGAAGGACUGGGCAGGUUCCCCUCCUCACAAUGGGUUACUUUCACCAGUGGAGGAUAUCCCAGCUUCAUUUAUGCCCUCUUUGGCACAGAACCUGUUGGGAGAGAUGCCUUUGUGGAUUUGCCAGAGCUGCCGGAAAAGUGUUGAGGAGGAAGAGCGACGGGCAAUGCCUGAACAGCCUCUGGCGGUGUCUUUGUCUCAUACAUCCUGUAAAUCCCAGUCCUGUGGAGGUGGUUCACACUCCUCAUCCUCCUCAUCUUCCUCUUCAUCUUCAUCCACCUCUUCUUCCUCUAGUUCCUCCUCCUCCUCCUCCUCCUCUGCCUGUCAUGGAAAUUCUGGGGACUGGGACCCCAGCUCCUUCCUCUCUGCCCACAAGCUCUCUGGCCUUUGGAAUUCUCAGCAGCACUCUAACGGGAGCCUAGGGGGUGUUGCUGCAGUGGAAAAAGGUGAUGUGCUCCCAGCCUCUCCAGAACAUGGCAGCAAAGCUCCCAAACUCUCUGGACUAAAGAAGUGUCCAUAUAGCCCAUCAGGGGCCAGUACAGGAACACUCCCUACCUCACUCAACUUUUGCAAGUCUCCCAAACAGUUCAAAAGCAUGUGCCACAGGCCCUCAUCCCCUGGGGAGGCUUACCACUCUUUAGACCACCAUCAGCAUUCGGAUCCCAGCGCCCCACCAAACAGUCCUACAGGUCUCUCCUCUCAGCUAUCGCCUUCUCUUCAAAGUUCUCCGCCUCCACAUCUAUUAUCUUCUAACACCUCAUCCCCCUUCCCAGCCACAAGCCAUUCGUCAAACACUGCGGCUCCUAAAGCCACUACUGAAUCUCCCUCCAGAGGUCACAGAGGCCCCCACCUACCUGGCUCCAGCCCCUCACUCCUAAAAGUGAAUCCCCCUCCUCCACCACUGUCGUCAUGCAGCCAUCCUUGCAAUGGGCAUUGCAAUGGGGGAAAUGUAAUACAGGGCGGGGGCAUCCCCGGGACCACUACAAACAGGGACACAACAUGUAGAGGACACAAGUUCUCCAACGGCUCAAGCUGUUCAGCCAUGCAGCCAUGUGAAGCAGACGAGGGGCUUGGGGAAGAUGAAGACAGCAGUUCGGAACGCAGCUCAUGCACUUCAUCUUCCACCAACCAGAGAGAUGGAAAAUUCUGUGACUGUUGCUACUGCGAAUUCUUUGGGCAUAACACGCCACCUCCAGCUCCUACAAGUCGCAACUACCCAGAGAUGAGAGAGAAGCUUCGCUCACGCCUCACUAAGAGGAAAGAGGAGAUUCCACAGAAACGGCACUUAGCAGGUGAACAGGCUGUAGAUCACCGGGAUGUGGAUGAACUGCUGGACUUCAUCAACAGUUCUGAACCUAAAACCAUCAGUAGCAGCAAAGCCGCCAAAAGAGCCCGACACAAACUGAAAAGGAAGGAGAAGACUUUACAGGAGACUGGUACAUCAAAAACAUCAGAUGAUUAUUCUUCGGCAAUCAAAGACACUGGGGCUCCAGCAUCAGGAGACAAGUUGUUACAAUGGCCUCAACUGGAGCUGGAGAGGGUGAAUAGCUUUCUAACCAGCAGACUGGAAGAAAUUAAAAAUACCAUCAAGGACUCCAUCAGAGCAAGCUUCAGUGUUUAUGACCUAAACCUUGAUGUCAAUGACUUCCCCAAGAAAGCAGCUGUACUAGAACAGAAAAACUUGAUCUCCCACCUUAAUGGUUCAUCUGAUCUCCAGGAGAUUGACCUUGAUCUCUCUCCUCUCAGCCUAGGGGUACCAAAAAGCCAGAAUUCAAGGCAGCCAGAGGAUACAGUUGGUACUGCUGCUCAACCCACAGAAAAUGGGGUAGUUAAAAGGCUAAGUGCUGUGCCUAACUUAUCACGGAUGAUCUGGGUUCAGUCCCCUAAGGCAUCUGAAUCUGGACAAAGUAUGGACACAGGCCCUGACACAAACAAUCUGUCUGCCACAGAAGUGCAGGAACUUCAGGAACAACCAUUCUCAAUAGCUGGUGGAGGUCGUCAGAAAAAGAGCAAAAAGCAAAACUUACAGCCAAGGAGGUGUGGGGAAACAGGGCAGGUGAACAUUCCUGCAGCAAAUGGAAAGCCUCAGAACAGAACCCUGCCAGAGAAAGGAGAGGUGGCCUUGCGGCAAGAUUCUGACACUGUGACUCCAGUCAACCUCAGACCAGAGAAAGAGAGGUGUGAACAAGUUGGGUGUGAAAGGACAGCUAUGCCAGGUGAUAUGAGAGCCUCUACUAAUGUGACUGUCAAAGAAUCAACACAACCUAGAGGCAAAGCAAAAAAGAGCAAGAAUAAGUCUGAAAAAUCAAACAUUUCCAUUGACGAUGUUUUCCUGCCAAAGGAUUUAGACGGCAUGGAGAUGGAUGAGACUGAUCGAGAAGUAGAGUACUUCAAAAGGUUCUGCUUAGAUUCUGCCAAGCAAACACGCCAGAAAGUAGCUGUGAACUGGACCAACUUUAGCCUGAAAAAAAACACUUCUAACGUGGCUCAGUGAUGCCUGCACUUCCUCAGUUUUACACCUCUCCUACCAAUACAGAUAUUUGAAAUUCGUGAUCAACGCCAGUCCCAUCUACUGUUUCACAUUCCCUCACUGACUUUUUUUGGGGGGAUCUGAUUUUAAGUACACAUUUACACCGAUCUGAUCUUAUUUUCAUUUUACGAAGGUCUUAAAAUGGCAGCAGUCUACAUUACAAGAAAGUUUUUAAAACUGAUUUUUUUAACUACUCCUUUAGCUGUUCUUGUGAAUCAUUGGCCUUUGCUAUACCUGAGGCCUACUGUUGCAGGAAGCAGUCUUAUAUUGCCUUUGGGGCAGUGGCAUCCAUAUCAGGGGAGGAAAAGGUAACCAUUGCAAGAAUGUAGAUGUAUUUGCACAAUCCACUGGAGAUUUUUUCACAGCGGUGGACCUAUGUCAUCUUGAUUGGCAAAUAGCUUGGUAUCGCCAUUUAGCCUUUAUAGUUUUUUUUGUAUGGGGGGUUAAAUCUUCACCCUUCAGGUCUCAGUAGUGGUUACCUACACUUUGAAAAUGUCCUUGCUUUUGCAAAGCAAUCAAUUUUAGUCCCAGACACUACAUUUUUAAUGCAGCUAAGAAUAGAUGACAACCAGUCAUAUUAAUUUUUAUCAAAUGAGGAUAGGGUAAUAUUAGGUCACUUUUACUGCAGGUUAUUGUUUUUAAUUCUUUUUCUUCCUAGUGAGUGUGGGUCACAUUCUUACCCUAACAGACAAAAUACCCAUUCAAAACAGCAUUGCACUGAUUGCAAGAGUGCCAUGUUCCAAUCUGCACCUAUUUUUGCCCUGUAGUUAUCGCCUGUCUUGACCAUGCAUUAUGUGCAAGCCUCUUUUUGCAUGUUAUCAUUAUAGGUGCCAUGUGGACAUCCAUAUUCUAUUUAUUUGCUGCCCUUUCCCGGUUGCAAAUCUUUGCUUCUGGUAGAAAAAAAAUGGUGAAUUCUGCUGUCUUUUUGCAUUCUGCACCUCUUUAGUAAAUGAGUAAUAUUCUAAGUAAUAUAAUUACUUGGAAUUAUAUCAAAUUUGCAUGAAGUAUCCAUUUACAAUAAAAAUGAUCACAAUGUGGAGAUUUCUAUCCUCUGUUCAGCAAGCAGACCCUGCCUGAUAUAUAAAGUCACAAUUUCCUACAGGAUCAUAGCGGCAAAUUCAUACACUAAUAUAUGAGGCUACUUCCCAGCAUUUCUGGAAUGUAUUUGUAGACUAGCGCAGAAGAAAGUUUGGUUUUCCUCCCCUGUGGAACUGCCACAAUUUUCCUGCAGUUACUUUCUAUCCUCUCCCCCCUUACCCACCACCAUCACCAACGUUCUUGUACCUUUUUAAGCACUUAUGCCACUCGUUUUGCGCCACUGUGCAUCCUCUUAUGCUAAUUCCCUAAGAUGGACAUACUGAACUGGCUGACUUCAAAUGGGUGAAGGGGAGGUACUUGACAGUUACAAACUGCUUUCACCUUGCCUCUCUCAUAUCUCUGCUUUUCCUGCUUGAUGUUUCCCCAUUCUGUUCUUGAUUUUUCUCAACCAAAAUGAUGAAACUGUAUCUGGCUACAAUAGUGCAAGACUGAACUAAGGAAUUGUCUUAUUACUUUAUUCCUUGUAUUUUUUUUUUUUCUUAAUCCCCUCACUCCCCAUUAAUUUUACCUGACGGUGCUAUGGCCGAAUUAACAGGGGGACUCCGGCCUUGUGGAUAAAGCAGGCCCAGUUCUCUGGGUUCGGAAUUGGUUUUUAUUAAUGUUCUGUUAGCCAAGUGUACAUUGGCUUUGCUGUGUUUUUUUGUUUUUUUCAUUUUGUUUUUUUAUUAUAAUUAUUAUUUACUUUUAUACUGUGAAAAAUCUUUCAUUUGGAAGAUUAAAUGAAUUUGGACACAGGUGAAAAA